AUGUCGCCUAGUGCUGUUCAAGAACAUGUGGACGAUGUCCCAACCUCGAUCAAACCAUCCCCUCAACCUCCUUCGGAAGCCGACUUCUCCACCUUCCGGUCUCUAGUCCCUCUUCUGGCUGACAAGAGCCUCACUUACCUCAAUGCCUCCUACCAACCCCCCUCAAACCUUAUAAUCCACGGUGCCAUCGCCAAGUUCACUUCCGAUGCCCUCUACAACCCUCAUCCAAAGCCUCAAUGGCAGAACGCUGUCGAAAAGACUCGUGCUUUAGUCGGCAGGUACAUCAACGCCGACCCAAGCUCCCUAGCCUUCACCCGUGACACGACAGAGGCACUGGGGUGUUUCAUCCGAAGCCUCAAAUUCGAGCCUGGCGACAACGUCGUCGUCCUGGACACAGAGCACCCAAACCACGUCUACGGGUGGAUGGCUCUCCGUAGAGCCGGCCUCGAGGUUCGACAGGUGCCCACCAUCUCGACAGCGGAAGAAACCGGGCACGUCACGGCCGCCAACGCCGCAACAUUUGCGCCGUAUGUCGACGAGCGUACCAGGGCCAUCGGUCUCAGCUCCAUCAUGUUCCACAGCGGCCAGUGGAACGACGUGGCCGACAUCUGCGCAACAUACAGACCACGCGGCAUUCACGUUCUCGCAGACCUCACGCAGCAGGUCGGCUUCGCAGAAGUGGACGUACGAGCUCUGGGGGUUUCUGCGGCGGCCUUCAGUCUGCACAAAGGCUUGAACUGCCCGACGGGCUUCGCGGUUCUCUACGUCAACCCGGAGUUCAUCGCUGACACCAACCCCACUCCGCCUAUCGUCGGUUAUGGGGCCGUCAGCAACGUGCGCGCUGACUUGUUGGUCCCUUCCGAGGAGGUGAUAUAUCACUCUUCCACUCGCCGAUACGAGCAUCUGAAUUUGAGCCUGAUCAGCUCCGCGGCUGCAAAGGCGUUUUUGACGUUUUAUCUGGAUUCCAUGGGUCCCGGGCGUGUGCAGGAGCACCUUUACCGCCUGGGUGAUGUGUUGAGAGAGGAGUGCCGAAGUCUCGGGGUGAAGAUAGUCGGGCCCUCGGCCCGCAAGGAUCAUGCGCCUCAUUUGUACAUUCUGGAUUUGCAUGACCCGAGGUGGAUGGAUCUCUUGAAGGAGAGUGGUGUGCUUGUUACGCCCUAUCGUCUGGGCAUCAGAGUUUCUUUUGGUUUCUACAACAACACCUCAGAUGUGAAGAAGCUUGCUGGUGUCCUAAAGGCAGGAUUAGAGGCGGGCCUUCCCUUGCCCUGA